UCCAAAAAUGUGUGCGUGUGUGUGCGCGUGGCUGCUGGGACGCUGCAACAUUGCCGAGGGGUUUUUCUGUCCGUAUUGAACCGGAAAGCUGCCGGCAGGAACGGGGCUCGAUCCUGCGGCGAGUCUCCGGUGAAACGGAGACCCCCGCACCGCUGCUUCUCCUUUACUUGGUCAAUCUUCAGUUUAUGCCGCGUGUGUUGCUGUGGAAACAUCUUCUUCUUGUUCUGUCCGCUGCGAACAUGAAGCUGCAGGAAGUGACAAUCUGAGAAGCCGAGCAGAACGUCUAGACUUCUCGUCAUCAUGGCGUCUUGGGCCUGUGCCCUGCUCCUCAUCUUCCUGCCUCUUGUCCAAUCAUCUGAGUCCUUGCUCUCUGCAGACAACACAACUGAUGAUCUUCAAGAGGUCACUCUGGCAGCCAUCUUGCCGCUUACCAACACCGAUUAUGCUUGGGCGUGGCCACGAGUGGCACCAGCACUGCACCAGGCCAUCCAACGGGUGAACUCGGACCCCUGGCUGCUGCCGGGCCUGAAACUUGGUGUGGUUCAUGGUAACUCAGAAAACCGUGAAGGUUUCUGCUCAGACUCCAUGGCGCCUCUGGUUGCUGUCGACCUGAAACUGUCUCAUGACCCCUGGGCCUUCAUCGGGCCUGGCUGCGACUACUCUUCCUCACCAGUUGCUCGCUUCACCACCCACUGGCAUGUUCCAAUGGUGACAGCUGGAGCCCGUGCUAUUGGUUUCAACCUCUAUGCGGCGGUCACCAACACGGGCCCCACCCAUAAGAAGCUAGGUGAGUUUGGUAUGAGGAUCCAGGAGAUGUUUGGCUGGCAGCGGCAAGUCUUGCUCAUCUUCAGUGACAACAAGGACGCCAAUGACGACAGGCCAUGUUACUUCACCGUGGAGGGGCUGUAUGAACUACUGAGAAAACACAAUAUUACCGUCUAUGACCACAUCAUAGAGAGCGACGUCAACUACAAGCUGUUGGUCCAAAAGAUUCGUGAGAAUGGACGAGUGGUGUACCUGUGCUGUCCCUGGGACACCUUCAGGAAUCUGAUGGUCCAGUUUUGGAAGGAGGGGGAGAAGCUGGAUGAUUAUGUCUUCUUCUUCAUUGAUCUUUUUGCUGAGGGUUUAGGGGGUGGACGACCAGUAAGACCCUGGCUCAGGGGAGACAACGAGGAUUACGUGGCCCGCCUCGCCUUCAGAAGUGUGAAGGUGCUGACCUACCUGGAGCCUCAGAAUCCAGAAUAUCUCCACUUUGUGGAGACUCUGAAGAGUGAUGCAAAGACAAUGUUCAACUUCACUAUCAAAGAUUCUCUGUACAACCUGAUAGCAGGAGGAUUCUAUGAUGGAGUGAUGCUGUACUCUCAGGCUCUCAAUGAAACUCUGAGCCAGCAGAAACCAGGACCAGGACCGGUGCAAAGACCCAGAGGAGAUUUGGUGACUCGGAGGAUGUGGAACAGGACCUUCCCAGGGGUGAUGGGAAUGGUGGAGAUGGACGAAUUUGGAGAUAGAGAGAUGGACUUUUCUGUGUGGGACAUGACGGAUCCAGAGUCUGGAGAGUUUCAGGUGGUGUGUGUGUAUAACAGCAGUUUAAAGCAACUGGUCAUGCAGAAAGGUCUGAACUUCCAGUGGCCCGGAGGCUCUCCACCUCCAGAUGUGCCCAAGUGUGGCUUCAAGAACGACAACCCAGCCUGCCUCACACGUACAGUUACAAUGCAUCAGAUGGUUGCCAUGGUGAUUUGCUUUGUCUUUGUCAUCAUUGUUACCAUCACCAUCUUUAUCUACAGGAAGUUGAAGCUAGAGAGUGAGCUGGCUGCUCAGCUGUGGAGAGUUUGCUGGGACGACAUCCAGAUGAGCAACUUGGAUAAAGUUCUGAAGAGAACAUGCAGCAGGCUCACCAUGUCAUUGAAAGGAUCCAACUAUGGCUCUCUGAUGACCAUGGAGGGAAAUCUUCAGAUCUACACCAAAACUGGGUACUACAAGGGGAAUCUAGCAGCGAUCAAGUAUAUCAACAAGAAACGCAUUGAACUGACGAGGAAGGUUCUGUUUGAACUGAAACAUAUGCGAGAUGUUCAUAAUGAACACCUGACUCGCUUCAUUGGUGCCUGCAUUGACCCACCAAACAUGUGUAUCAUUACGGAGUAUUGUCCCAGGGGAAGCCUUCAGGACCUGAUGGAGAGCGACAGCAUCACUUUGGACUGGAUGUUCAGAUACUCUCUCAUCAAUGAUAUUGUCAAGGGUAUGGCGUUCCUCCACAACAGUGUCAUCAUCUCCCAUGGUAACCUGAAGUCAUCCAACUGUGUGGUGGACAGCCGCUUCGUCCUGAAGAUCACAGAUUAUGGACUGCAGAGUCUUCGUACCAGCACUAGCCCUGAGGAUACACAUGCUUACUACGCAUGUAAGCUGUGGACAGCUCCAGAGCUGUUGAGGACAGAGUGCCCUCCUCUUUGUGGGACCCAGAAGGGAGACGUCUAUAGCUUUGGUGUGAUACUGCAGGAAUUGGCUCUACUCAGAGGAGUCUUCUACCUCGAUGCACACGCCCUCACUCCUAAAGAAAUCAUCCAGGCAUUGAUUCAGGGUGGCGUCCCGCCCCUCCGUCCCUCCCUCUGCUUCCACAGCCACAGUGAGGAGCUUGGGGUCCUGAUGCAGCGCUGCUGGAGUGAAGAACCGAGUGAACGACCUGACUUCAACACUAUUAAGAUCCUGCUAAGGAAGCAGCACAGAGGUUAUGGUUCCAACAUCUUGGACAACCUUCUAUCCCGUAUGGAGCAGUACGCCAACAACCUGGAGGAGCUGGUGGAAGAAAGAACUCAAGCUUAUAAUGAGGAGAAACGCAAGGCGGAGGCCCUGCUGUACCAGAUACUGCCGCAUUCUGUAGCUGAGCAGCUGAAAAGGGGUGAAACAGUUCAGGCUGAAGCUUUUGAUUCUGUUACCAUCUACUUCAGUGACAUCGUCGGCUUUACUGCUCUUUCUGCUGAGAGCACGCCGUUGCAGGUUGUGACUUUAUUAAAUGAUCUCUACACUUGCUUUGAUGCCAUCAUCGACAAUUUUGAUGUUUACAAGGUAGAGACCAUUGGAGAUGCCUACAUGGUGGUCUCAGGUCUACCAGUAAGGAAUGGUAAACUCCACGGUCGGGAGGUGGCCCGGAUGUCUCUCGCCCUGCUGGAUGCUGUUAAGAGCUUUAAAAUUCGACACCGACCUAACCAGCAAUUGAGGCUCCGCAUUGGCAUCCAUAGUGGUCCAGUGUGUGCUGGCGUGGUUGGUUUAAAGAUGCCCAGGUACUGUUUGUUUGGAGACACAGUCAACACCGCAUCACGCAUGGAAUCCACAGGAGAGGCCUUGAAGAUUCAUGUUUCUGAAGCUACUCGCCAGGUCCUGCAGGAGUUCACAUGCUUCCAGCUACAACUUAGAGGAGAAAUUGAGGUGAAGGGGAAAGGAUCUAUGAGGACAUACUGGCUGCUAGGAGAGAAUGACAAAAAUUAAUAAAAGAAGGAUGGAGACUGACAGAGGACUUGUGCGGGAACAUCUUAAACUAAGCCAUGAACAGAAAAACAAAUGUCAGAAACUGCUUGUAUUAAGCCUGUUCUUCUCUUCAAUUAGUUACAUGUGGCAUCAUUUAAAGUGACAGUUCUGGAACUGAUUGAAAUGAACUGGUUUUACAAAAAAAAAAAGUAAAAAAAAAUAGAUACUGAAGGGCAAAUGUUUCACUGUAAAAUAAGUUGUCUUGAAAGAAAGUUGUGUAAAUACAAAAAUAAAAUGUG